AUGUCGCUCCCCGUCCCCGUCCCACCUUCCUGGAAGGAUCUCGGAAAGAGUUCCAACGAUCUCUUGGGCAAGGACUAUCCUUUCCAUGCGAUUGGACUCGAAAUCAAGACCAAGACGCCCUCCAACGUCACUUUCCGCGUCGCCGGCACACGCGAUGCAAAGUCGGGCGCCAUUGCAGGCGACCUCGAGGCAAAAUACACCGACAACAAGUAUGGAACCGUCCUCACCAACACAUGGACGACUUCCAACGUCCUCCGCACCCAGCUCGAGGUUGAGAACCAGCUCGCAAAGGGUCUCAAACUCGAGGCCCACUCGAGCUUGAAUCCUGAAAAGGGCAUCAAUAGCGGUCUCUUCAACUUGACUUUCAAGCAACCCGGUUAUCACGCCCGUGCCGCCCUUGACCUCUUCCACGGGUCGAAUAUCACGAGCGACAUUGUCCUUGCUCGCAACGGUGUCCUCGUCGGUGCAGAGACAAACUACAAUGUCAACGACGGAUCGAUCACCCGCUAUGCGACCGCCCUCGGUUACACAGCGCCAGACUAUGCUGUCACCGUCCACGGUCUCAGCAACAUGCGUCUCUUCUCGGCUUCGUACUAUCACCGUGUCAACGCUGACGUCGAGGCGGGCGCAAAGGCCGUCUACAACUCGGCCUCGUCCUCCAACGCCAUGAACCUCGAAGUUGGCACCAAGGUCUAUCUUGACAAGGCUGCAUUUGUCAAGGCUAAGAUUGCCAGCACUGGUGCUCUUGCUCUCUCCUACACCCAGACCCUCCGCCCUGGUGUCAAGGCCGCGUUUGGUGUUGCCAUCGACACCCACAAGCUCCAGGAUCCCACCAUUGGCGGAAGCCCCCACCGCGUCGGUGCCCAGUUCACAUUUGAGAACUAG